AUGAACAAUGGAAUCCGAUGCUUGCGGAUUGACCAAAACUCAAAAGGCCAGAGCGCAGCCAAGAAGUUCAAAACUGACCCCGAGAUCCUGGUGCUCUUGCUCCACGGGGAGAGGGAAAAUGCAGGGCUGAACGUCACUUGCGCAUCUCGGGUGUUCCUCCUAGAGAGUGUUGUCCACCACAGUUUUGAGAUUCAAGCAAUCGCUCGAAUUGACAGAAUGGGCCAGACCCGCGCAACUGAGGUGUACUGCUACUAUGCAGAAGAUACCGUGGAGAGAAACAUUUUGGACCUGGCAGCGCGCCAAGGACUCUCGCUGUACACCAAGGCUAACUCAGCAGGGACCUUGGAUGUCUCUUCGUUCGCCCAUGAGAACGAAAAGACCAAGAUCGACAACUCUCCUGUUAAGAAAGUGCAGAAGGGCGAUUUCAUCUUCAAAAUUGACGACAUGCUGGCAAUUCUGUUCCCGCAUAUGUACGAGGAGCUCGAUUAUCUCAUCCCACCGGAAGACAUGGAUUCAGAGAUGCAAGAUGUAACCAUCUCAAGCACAAGCACGAGUUUCCCUGCUGCGGUUGGUAGAUCAUCGUACAAUACAAGGCAGAACGCCGUCGCUGGUCCGUCUCGGUUGCGAUAUUGAACACUUCUACAUCAUUUCCAUUUUACCACCAGUUCUCUUUUUGGUUUUGUGGCGGACUGUAAGCUAGAUAUUUAUAACAUACAAAGGACAUUGUCUGUACGUACUUGCAUCUGCUUUCCAUC